AUGACAGAUCGAGAUUUGUCUUACAAAGUGGAAUAUGCUAAAAGUGGAAAAUCGACAUGCAAAGCAUGUUUUAACAAAAUUGAUGAAGGUGCUGUACGAAUAGCUGUUUUGGUGCAGUCGUUUCGCUUUGAUGGCAAGGAAUCUAGGUGGCAUCAUGAAAAGUGUUUCUUUAAAUCAAACCAGCCUACUUCCACUGCUGAGAUUGGCAACUUUUAUAAUCUUAAGAGUGAUGAUCAGACGAGAAUCAAAUCUCAAAUUGAAAAACCAAUUGGUAUGGUGGUGUCGGUCACAAAGCCUAGCAAUCCUGGGAAAAGACCUACGGACCCUCAAGCUGUGUCUAACGCACAAGCACUAAAAGACUACUUUAUACAGUGCUGUAAAAGUAACAAGAUAUCAUGUACUCAUUGUAGCAUUAAAAUAUGCAAGGAUGAAAUUCGUGUUUCAAAAAAUGUUCAAAAUAAGUUGCUAAAAAAAAAGGUUCCUUUAUCAUACCACAUCAAGUGCUUUGUGGAACUAAGGAGUAAACUACAUUUCUACGCUGGCGGGGACAGUAUACCUGGAUUUAAGACUUUGCCGAAGAAGGCCAAGGAGAUGGUGAUGGCAGAGAUAAAACCAUUGAGUGAUGAUGAAAUUCCCAUAAAGAAAUUAAAAACAGAAACAAGCGAGGAAGACAAGAAGAAAAUGAUGGAACAAAAUGAUCUAUUCCAUAAAUAUAGAAAAGCACUAAGUGUGCUUUCUAAAAAAGAAAUGGAAAAGCUAUUAGAGGCGAACUCACAGAAGUUACGUCACAAUGCUGGCCCUAAUGAGCGUUUGGACAGCCUUGCUGAAUGCAUGGCGUUCGGGAAACUGGAGCCCUGCGAGGAGUGCAAGCAAGGACAACUAGUGCUACUCACUAACAAAUAUAAAUGCACUGGAAACUUAACUGAGUGGACGAAGUGUGCAUACGUAACCCAAAACCCUAAGAGAUCGCCAAUGGUCAUACCGACCGAAUUUGCGAAUAACCCAGUCUUUGAGAACUUCACACCUAGUACUGAUGUGAGACUAUUGGAAACAGCACCUGAACCAGACGCACCCCUUGCUACUCCGGCCAAGAAAGAGGUGUCCAUACCACCACUAAAAGACCUACAGUUCUUCUUUUAUGGUGAUUUUGAUAAUAAGGAAGAAAUUCACAAACGGAUCUUGAAGUUGGGUGGCGUAGUCAUAACUAAAUUAUUAGACAGUACCGCUGCUGUUAUCUCUACUAAGGCUAAUGUGGAAAAAAUGCUAUUUAAAAUGAAAGAAAUCCGAUCAAAAGAUAUUCAGGUUGUUGAAGAAACAUUCUUCGAUAUAAUUGAAAAAGCUGGUUCUUGCACUGUCGCUCAGUCAUUGGAACUGAUCAAAGAAAAUAAUAUCACUGAUUGGGGAUCCGACCCAGCGUCGAGAGUUCCCGCUAAAGUAUUAGGAGAAAUUUCUACAAACUCCAUGCUAAAAAUUGCAGGGGGUUCAUCUGUAGAUCCAGCUUGUGGUUUAAACAUUAACAAAUUUCACGUGUAUGUGGAUCCUAACAACAUUAAAUACACCGUGGUACUGUCAUUAACUGAUGUUGUCGCACAGAAGAACUCUUACUACAAGAUGCAAGUGUUGGAGGCCGAUGAUAAAAGAGAAUACUGGCUAUUCACUUCGUGGGGUCGUAUCGGCACUAACAUUGGCAAUUUUGACACCAAAAAAUGUAAUUCUCGAGGAGGAGCUAUUAAAAGGUUCGAAGAGCUCUUUCGGGAAAAAACACAAAAUGACUGGAACAAUAGAGGGCAAUUUAAAAAGGUGCCGGAACGAUACUAUCCAUUAGAAAUGGACAACGCGAUCGAUUUUGGCUCGAAUGAAAUUCUGGCCGUGAGCGACAAAUGUGCCCUCGACAAGUCUGUACAAAAACUUAUUAUCAAGCUGUUUGAUGUCAAAACAAUGAAUAAGACGUUGACAGAAUUCGAGCUCGACACUGUGAAGAUGCCGCUGGGACAACUAUCGAAAACCCAAAUUAUCGCAGGAUACACUAUUUUGUCGGAAGUUCAGGCAUUGAUUGAUAGUGAAUCUACCGAAAAAGUUAAAUUAAUAGACGCCACUAACAGAUUUUUCACAUUGAUCCCUCACAACUUCGGCACGAACAAUCCACCGUUACUCGACAACAUGGAGAUAAUCCGCUCUAAGGCGGCCCUGUUAGACAACUUACUUGAGAUAGAACUAGCUUACAGCUUGUUCAAAAUACGAACAAAUGAAAGCAAUCCUAUAUUGGCUAACUAUUUAAAGUUGAAAGUGGACAUCGCACUGCUGCCGAAUACUUCGCCCGAGUACGCGAUGAUUAACGAAUACUUGACCAACACGCAUGGACACACUCAUGUGAAGACAUACACUUUAAACAUUCAAAAGGUAUUCAAAGUGGUUCGUGAGGGAGAAGAUGACCGUUUCACACCAUUUAAAAAACUUCACAACAGACGUCUACUUUGGCAUGGAUCCCGUACUACCAAUUUUGUUGGUAUCCUUUCUCAAGGUCUCCGCAUAGCGCCACCCGAAGCCCCGGCGACGGGCUACAUGUUUGGUAAAGGAGUGUACUUUGCGGAUAUGGUGACCAAGUCUGCCAACUAUUGCUAUAAAACUGUUUUUGAUACCGUUGGAUUCAUGCUGCUAUGUGAAGUUGCUCUUGGAAAUAUGCACAUAGUUCAAGAUUCAGACAAGACACCAUUGCCACCGGGUAUGCACUCUAGAUUUGGAGAGGGUGGCACGAUGCCAAACCCUGCUGAAAAUAGGGUUUUGGACGACGGAACUAUCGUACCACUUGGCAAACCUAUACCGAACCGGCCAUGUUCAAGACGCAGGCUCUUGUAUAACGAAUUCAUUGUUUACAAUGAGGCGCAAGUUAAAGUAAAGUACUUGUUGCAGGUCAAUUUCAAAUACGUGAACAUAUAG